UGCUGCUUUGCUGUUUUAGUUUUAAGGCUAGGAGUUGGAGUUGGGGAAGCAGUUAAUGUAACGAAAAAGUUAGGAAAUACCCUUACGGGAUUUUUAUAUAGUUUUACUCUAAAUAUCGCUUUACUGAGGAAUAUCGAAGAGAUGACUAUGGUAGAAGCCUUUAAUGUAACUAGAUCCGAGAAAUCGCUGGGUUUGCUAACAGUUAAAUUUGUGUCUCUAUUGCAAGCAACGCCUGAUGGGGUGUUAGAUCUUAAACAGGCUGCUGAUUUAUUAGCAGUGAGUCAAAAGAGGCGGAUUUAUGACAUAACAAAUGUGCUGGAAGGGAUAGGACUUAUAGAAAAGAAGAACAAAAAUCUCAUCCAGUGGAAGGGUUCGGAAUUCCCACUUCAGGGACCGCUGUGUUCCAUUUCAGAAAUAAAAAAAGAACUAGCAAAGCUAAGAAAAUAUGAAGAACUACUAGACACCCAUCUGCAGUGGUGCAAUCAAAGUGUGAACAAUAUAAUGGAUGAUGAAGAGAAUAAGAGAAAAGCGUAUGUUCUGGACUCUGAUGUCAACUUCUGUUUUGAAGACAAUGUUUUUUUGGCCAUCAAAGCACCCCCUGGAACUCUCUUAGAAGUUCCUGUUGUGGAUCAUAAAGCUGAAAACUCUAAUUCCAAAUACAUGAUUCAUCUCAAGUCCAAGUCUGAUCCUAUUCAUGUGUAUUAUCUCCAACAGGGCUCAAAACUAAAAGAUGUUAAAAAUCUUAGUAAAUUAAAAUCUGAGGAUACAAAUGAAACAGAAUCAGUCUUGAAUCACUCUCCUCCUGAAAAAGUAGAAGUGAGGCCCAAAAACAGUAAAAACAAAAUGUUGACAGAAGAAAUGAUAGAAGCUUCAGUCAUCUUAGGAGAUCUCAAAGAUUUUUUAGUUACCAAUACUGAUAUGGAUGUAUCACCAGCACCAGAUCCUUAUGAAAGUGAUGCAAAUUCACCAUUUUUAAGGCUGAGCCCUCCUCUCAACAGUUUGGACUACAGCUUCAAUCUGGCUGACAACGAAGGUGUCUCUGACCUAUUUGAUGUUCCAACAGUGAAGAAAUAGCCAAACGCAUUCCUAACCAUCAACUAUGUGAUAUACGAACAGUCAAUUACCUAUUUUUUAUGUGUCAUAGUGAAGUGUUAACAUUGAAUUGACAAUAGGUGUUUGUAACCUGAGUAAUGAACCCAAGGACCAACAUUUUUUUUAAAUGUAACUGUGUAAGUCUGGAAAAAUUACAUUAUAAAAUCUAUUACCAUA